CGGGGCUGAGAGGAGAGACAAGUGGCUGUCGCCUUCAAGUUGAGCGACAGCAGGAUGUCGGCGGAGAUCUUCACCAAGAGGAAGACGAUCGAGCUGAGGAAGAAGCACAUCGGGCCAUCUUGUAAGAUUUUCUUCAGCCAUGAUCCCAUCAAGAUUGUGAGAGCCAGAGGCCAGUACAUGUAUGAUGAAAAAGGACAGCGGUACUUGGAUUGCAUCAACAAUGUGGCCCAUGUGGGCCACAGCCACCCAGAUGUGGUGAGGGCCGGAGCGCAGCAGAUGGAACUGCUGAACACCAACUCACGUUUCUUGCAUGACAACCUCGUGCUGUAUGCCCAGAGACUACAAGCCACACUGCCUGACAAGCUGUCUGUCUGCUACUUUGUCAACUCUGGAUCCGAAGCCAACGAUCUGGCCCUUCGACUCGCCUGGCAGUACACGGGCCACAAAGAUGUCAUCACGCUCAACAAUGCAUACCACGGCCAUGUUUCAUCGUUAAUAGACAUCAGCCCAUAUAAGUUUCACCAGCUGUCAGAUGCUGAGCAGAAUCAAUUUGUUCACGUGGCACCAAGCCCAGAUGUGUACAGAGGCAAAUACAGAGCGGAUCACCCAGACCCUGCCACAGCGUACGCAGACGAUGUCAAAGAUAUCAUAAACAAAGCCCAUGAGAAAGGAGGCAAGAUUGCUGCUUUUAUUGCCGAGUCGCUGCAGAGUUGUGGUGGGCAAGUCAUUCCCCCCUCGGGCUACUUCCAGAAAGUGGCAGAACAUGUUCGUCAAGCUGGGGGCGUAUUCAUCGCCGAUGAAGUCCAAGUAGGCUUCGGGCGUGUUGGCACCCACUUCUGGGCCUUCCAGCUGCAGGGAGAGGACUUUGUCCCCGACAUCGUCACCAUGGGCAAACCUAUCGGCAACGGGCAUCCCAUGUCAUGUGUGGUCACCACCAGAGAGGUGGCGGAGGCUUUCAUGUCAAGUGGGAUGGAGUACUUCAACACUUUUGGUGGUAACCCGGUGUCCUGUGCCAUUGGUCUCGCCGUUCUCGACGUGAUUGAGAAAGAGGACCUGCAGGGUAAUGCACUGCGUGUGGGGAGCUACCUGACCGAGCUGCUGGAGAAGCAGAGGGAGAAGCACCCACUGGUGGGCGACAUCAGAGGCUGCGGCUUGUUUGUGGGGGUGGAGCUGGUCAAGGACAGGGUGAAACUCACUCCUGCAACAGCAGAGGCUCAAGAGAUCAUAUACAAUCUUAAGGAACAGCACAUCCUGCUUAGUGCGGACGGACCUCAUCGCAACGUCCUUAAGUUCAAGCCGCCCCUGUGCUUCACGAAGGAGGACGCUGACUUGGUGGUGGAGAAAAUCGACCGCAUCCUCACAGACUUGGAGAAAGCUUUGGGCUUGAAUCUGCCAAACACAGCGAAUCUAGAGAAUGGAGGCUGUAGCAAAAAGCUGGCAGCAGAGGAAAAUGGCCACCAACAUCACAACGGGCUGUUACACGGCAGGGAGAGCGGAGGACAAGUUCUUCAGACCAAAUGCCUCAAGACAUAAAGGUGCUCAUGACCGUUUUAGUGGAGUCAGACGUCUGUUAGCUGCGCCUGGUUUCACUUCAGUGUUUUACAAGACAAGUGUUUUUUGCUCAAGUGUAAUAUAUACAAUGUAAAAUACAAAUGAACAAAAGUUUUUAUGUAUUAAUAAUAUAUAAUAUCUACAAGACGCAACGUCCUCUCAGGUAUUUUUAAAUUACUAUUUUUCUUUUGAUCAGCACAAAGCUGUAAUGACAUCAGUUUUUAUCGUGGUUGUAGCUUUUAUGCAGAAAAUCUCCUAAAUUGCACAAAUUACAGUAUAACACUAGUUAUUACAUAUUCUUUACUUUUUUCUCUGAAAUCACUGUUUUCAUGCCUAAUUUAAUUCUACUUUAAGUAAACUAUAACAUUACAAAAUGAAUACAUGAAUAGGGUAAAAUUUAAAUCAUUUCUUCAUUUGGCAUUGGCAUUUGGUGAUUUAUCAUCACUUUUCUUGAUAUUUGUGUUGAACAACAUUCAGUGAUUUAUAAACCAGCACAAGAUAAUCCAGAGCUAAAACCGGUGUAUUCAUUGUUGCUAAAAUUCAUAAAAGGCUAGCGAAGUUAGUGGUUAAUUCAGUAUUCGUAUGUGAAUUAUCUGAAU